CAUGAGCAGGCUGCUGCGUCGUAAUUCCAGCCAGCUUCGGCUGCUCCUCUCCUCCGGUGGGCAGGUCACGCGCCUGGCCUCCUCCGGAGAAGUGUCGCCUCCGACUGCUGGCCAGCAGGAGAUCAGAAAGCAGAAGCGCCAGCCCCCUCCCGUUGUUCCAGAUUCGGAGAUUAAGAAGUCCGUCUUCAUCUCGCAGUCAAGCGAUGUGUUCACCAACUUGGCCCUGGAGGACUGGCUGUACAAGAACUUCGAUUUCAGCCACCACCACGUCUUGCUGCUGUGGGCCAAUGACCCGUGCGUGGUCAUUGGACGCCACCAGAACCCCUUUACCGAGGCCAAUGUCUCGAAGCUGGUGGACCGCGGAAUCACCCUGGCACGGCGAAACAGCGGUGGCGGAGCGGUGUACCAUGAUCUUGGAAACCUCAACUGCACUUUUUUCUCGCCUCGGGAGCGCUACGAUCGCAAGUACAACCUGAACAUAGUGACCAGGGCUUUGUUCCGAGAGUGGGCCAUCAAGGCGGAGAUUAAUGAUCGCGACGACAUUGUGGUAAUGAACAAAAAGAUUUCCGGAACGGCGGCCAAGCUGGGACACCCGAACUCGUACCAUCACUGCACCAUCCUAGCCAGCGCCAACAAGCUCCACUUGGGCGAAUCUCUGGUCCGGGAGCCGGCCAACUAUAUAAGCCGAGCCACGGCUUCCGUGCCGUCGCCUAUCCGCAAUCUGGUGGAUGUGAACCGCACGGUUAGCGUUCCACAGCUUCGCUCUGCCGUGGGCUAUGAGUAUCUGAGGACAGCGGCCACCUCUCUGGAAGAUGGCGGGAGCACGCAGACGAUGAAGCAGCGAGGUUUCCAGCUCAUCAAUCCCACUGAGAAAUGGUUCCCCGGCAUUGAGGAACUGCGCUCGAACUACAGUUCUUGGGACUGGGUCAUCGGCAAGACGCCCAAGUUUACUGUGCAGAAGGAUCUGGAUGUCAAGGGCGACGACCCGGGCAUGAAACUUAAACUGAGCGUAGAAGUGGAGGCCGGGCUUAUGAAGGAGAUUGGCAUCCAGCUGCCGCAAAGCGAUCAGCUCGUUCCGGUGGUCACUCCGCUUCAGGGCAAGCCCUACAAUGAGGAGAACCUUAACGGCAUAGUUGGGGCCCUGAAACUCGUCAGUGCGUCGAAUGUGAAGCAGGCAAUAAACGGCUCCGCAUGAUUUCUGUUGUGUUAGUUCGAAAGAAAAAACAAAAAAAAAAAACAUAACAUAGUUUUACUAACGUCCUAAUAUAGAUAUAAUUUUUCCAAGAAACCAUAUUACUAACCAAUUAGAACGUAAGCGUUUUACAAGCAAACUAUUACUUUUGUUAACCCGUUUCGUAUAAAAAGAACUGCAAUUAAAUGUUUAAACAUUUUACAAUUUUAAACAAA